GAAGAGAGCAGCACCUGUCGGAGUGAGACUCACAGCAGAGUGAAGGACUGCACUGCUCCACGUCACAGGAAAACAUGCAGAGCCCUCAGACCCCAGGCCAGGCGCUCUCUGAGGACCAGUUCAGCUGCUCCAUCUGUCUGGAGGUGUUCGUGGAGCCCGUCACCACGCCAUGCGGCCACAGCUUCUGCAAGGCCUGCCUGCUGGGCUACUGGACGCACAGCAAGAAGUUCACGUGCCCCAUGUGCAAGAAGAGCUACAGCAGACGACCCGAGAUGAGCGUCAACAGGGUCCUGGCCGAAAUCUCCUCCCAGUUCCAGGGGCUGAUGCUGGCCGGAGGAACUGGAGGAGCUGGAGGAGGAUCGCGGGGAUCCACCCUGAAUCUGAGCUCAGAUACGAGCCACGGCAGCCCCAGCACCACGGACAACGGGGAGUUUGCCCGGGCGGGGGAGGUUCCCUGCGACGCCUGCAUCGGGAGGAAGGUGAAGGCUCUCAAAUCGUGUUUGAACUGUCCUGGAUCGUUCUGCGAAGUCCACCUCAGACAUCAUAAAAAGGUGAAGUCUCUGACGUCUCACCGUCUGAUCGAACCCACUUUCCACCUGGAGGAGAAGAUCUGCAAGAAACACGAGCGUCUCCUGGAGAUCUACUGCCGCAGCGACCACACCUGCAUCUGCACGGCCUGCGCAGAGGCCUCGCACAAAUCACACGACCUCGUCUCCGCCGAGCACGAGUGGAAGAAGAAGAUGAGUAAUCUGGGAAAGAAGAGGUCGGAGCUCAAACAUUUGAUCAAGGAGAGAACCAAGAAACUGGACGAAAUCAAACAAUCCAUCAAGGUCAUCAAGGCCAGCUCUCAGAAGGAGUUGGAGGAGAGCUGGCAGGUGUACGCUGAGCUGCAGCGCCUGGUGGAGCAGAGUCAGGCGGAGUUGGUGGAGCUGAUCGCCAAGAGGCAGCGCGAGGGCGAGCGCCACGCGCAGGAGCUGGCCCGAGGUCUGGAGAACGAGCUGAGCCAGCUGAGGAGCCGCAGCAACGAGCUGGAGGCGUACGCUCACACCCAGGACAAAGUGCUCUUCCUGCAGAACCUGGCGACGCUGACACCCUCACCCGAGCCCACCGAUUGGUCGGCGGUCAGCAUCAACACUGACCUCUACCUAGGAACCAUCCGCUCCUCCGUCAGCGGCCUCGUGGAUAAAUUCCACGAGGAGCUCAAGAGACUGUACGGGAAAGAGCUCCGGAAGGUACAGAACUAUUCAAGUGAGGUGAUUUUAGACCCUGCCACGGCCCAGAGGAACCUGGCUGUGUCCGAAGACGGCCGCCAGGUGAGAUACGAAGAGCGUAAGUCCUCCCACACCGAGGGUCCCAAGCGCUUCAGCCCCGCCCUCUUCGUCCUGGGUCGAGAAGGCCUCACCUCCGGGCGCCACUACUGGGAGGUGGACAUGGGGCGCAAGACGGCCUGGACGCUCGGCAUGGCCAGCGCCUCGGCCCGACGCAAGGGGGAGAUCAAGCUGAGUCCCGAGGGGGGGUUCUGGUGCCUGUGGCUGAAGAACGGGGAGGUGAAGGCUUUGGCUUCGUCCCGCCUCCCUCUGCUGCUGCCGUCCCAGCCCAGUAAGGUGGGAAUCUUCCUGGAUUACGAAGGGGGCCAGAUUUGCUUCUACGACGUGAAGACGCGUCUGCAUCUCUACACGUUCGUGGAUACCUUCAACGAGAGUCUGUACCCGAUCUUCAGCCCCUGCCUCACCCAGGAGGGGAAGAACUCUGCGCCUCUCAUGAUAAGCUCUGUUAAACACACCUGAGAUCAAUUCAACAGGUUAAGUGCCCAUACUUUUUAUCGCACUUUAUCUCGAUCAUCUUAAUAACAAAGCCUCAAAGCAAGACAUUUUUCAUGUCAAAACUACCCAGUACAACAUUUUCUCAUAGUAUGGGCACGUUAUUGCAUUAGUUUAAGCUAAAUUAGGCUCAAUACAGAUAUUUUAAGGGACAAUGACUAACAGAGUGACUGUUUCAAAGUAAUACAACCAAAGCAUUGUGAAUGUUUGGUGUGUUUGGAUCCCAGGAAACCAAAAUGUAAGAGAUGUAUUUACAAUUUGGUUAUUUCAAAGUUACAAAUUGUUGCCUCAUCCUGUAUACCCUUAUCUUAAAGUGGACCUAUUAUGCUAUAUUUGAAAAAUAUAUUUUAGGGCCAUACCUAUACAAAACAUGUCUGUGAAGUUUUUUGCUUUAAAUACC